AUGGCAUCAGAAGACCUCCGUACACUUCCUGAGGCAGAGCGCUCGGCCCUGGCCGUUAAGGGCCCUACCUUUAUUUUCGACGGCGUUUGUAAUCUGUGCAACACCGCAUUGAGAUUUGUCAAUGAUCAUGUACGGCCCGACGCUGAUGUGAAGUAUAUGUGGACAAACCAUCCUGACACAUUGAAGGUUUUGGAGAAAUACGACGUGAACGAGGAAGAUAUCAACAAGAGCUGGGGUUACCUCAAAGACGGUCAGCUGUACCGUGGUUCCACCGCGUGGCUCAUGGGCCUUCGUGAACUCACUGCUCCGUGGUGCUGGGCAUACUACCUCAUCCACGUCCCUGAGGUUAUCAGGGAGUUCGUGUACAAUUUAGUAGCAGCAAAUCGUUAUCGAUGGUUUGGCCGAAGUGAUCAGUGUCACGUUGUGGAGAAGUCUAUGUUGCAUCGGUUCCUCCACACUACCAGUAUGCCUUCCAAAACUACCAAGGCUGAAUAA